AAAAAGUUAAAGGAAUAUGGGGUAGACUCAGGUUCCAAAACAGCUCAGACUGGGUAGACCAAAGUGAAAAAAAAAUUAUCCUCCUUAUCUUCUCUGGAGAGUUAGUUUUUGUUACUUGAAAAAUAAACAGUGUACUCACACAAUAGAAAAUUAAAAAUACAAAAGGUUAUACAGUGAAAACCAAAGCUCUUGCUUUCCCAGCCGCCUCCCCCAGCUAGCCAGUCUGCCUCCCUGGAGGCCACCACAUUUCCUACCUGUUAUGUAUCCUUCUAGAGAAAUUCUCUGCAUUUCCAGGCAUAUCUCUCUCAUGAUGACAUUUAAGGGUGACUAAUUUUAGAUACUGCACCUUAGUCCAGGGAAAAAUCUAUGGCACGAGUCCAGAGUAGAGGAAGUCGCAGCAGCAGCACAUGUGGGGCAAACUCCAGUUUUAGUUGACAGUCACCUAAAUAUGAGUCAACUGUGAACUGAAUGCCAGAAAAAUUAGGCAAGCCCGGGAGAUAUUUAGUGUCUUGAAGCAACAAACUGCAAACAACAACAGAUGUCUUCCAUAAUCCGUGCCAGCCUCUGUGCUGGGCACUGGGGAUCCAGCGAUGACUGCUCCAGCCACUGUCCAGGCCCUCGCACAGCCUGUCUUCUGGGGAACAACCGGAGCAAUUUAGUCAUCUUACCCUGCUCUGAACGAAUGGGAGCUGACGGACAUGGUGGUGUGGGUGACGGGAGCAUCCAGUGGCAUUGGUGAGGAGCUGGCUUACCAGCUGUCGAAACUAGGAGUUUCUCUGGUGCUGUCUGCCAGGAGAGUGCAAGAGCUGGAAAGGGUGAAAAGAAGAUGCCUUGAGAAUGGCAAUUUAAAAGGAAAAGACAUACUUGUUUUGCCCUUUGACCUGACUGACAUAAGUUCGCAUGAAGUGGCGACCAAAGCGGUUCUGCAGGAGUUUGGUAAAAUCGACAUUCUGGUCAACAAUGGUGGAAGAUCCCAGCGUUCUCUGUGUGUGGAAGCCAGCAUGGAUGUCUACAAGGAGCUGAUAGAGCUUAACUACUUAGGAACCGUGUCCUUGACAAAGUGUGUUCUGCCUCACAUGAUCGAGAGGAAGCAAGGGAAGAUUGUAACUGUGAAUAGUGUCAUGGGUAUUAUGGCUGCGCCCCUUUCCAGUGGAUAUUGUGCAAGCAAACAUGCUCUUCGGGGUUUUUUUAAUGGCCUCCGAACCGAACUUGCCACGUACCCAGGUAUAGUAGUUUCUAACAUUUACCCAGGACCAGUGCAGUCGAAUAUUGUGAAGAACUCCCUACGCAAUGAUACCACACAGGCUGUGCAUAGUGAUGGAGACCAGUCCUACAAGAUGGUGACCAGUCGGUGCGUGCGGCUGAUGUUAAUCUGCAUGGCCAAUGACUUGAAAGAAGUUUGGAUUUCGGAACAACCUUUCUUGGCAAUGGCGUAUUUGUGGCAGUAUAUGCCAACCUGGGCCUUGUGGGUAACAAACAAAUUAGGGAAGAAAAGGAUUGAGAACUUUAAGAAGGGUCUGGAUGCAGAUUCUUCUUAUUGUAAAAUCUGGAAGACAAAACAUGACUGACAGAGUACUUGCAUUUUCAAGCCACUGGAGGGAGAAAUGGAAACCAUGAAAACAGCCAUCUUCUUGUGCACAGAAGACCAACUUGUGAAUUUACUUCUUAAUACAUACAACUUCCCUUCCAACAUGUAAUAAACAACAAAUAAAAGAUUACUCUGACACUUUCAAUAAAGAUGGUAAUACGUACUACA